UCUUUAAUCCACUGAAACCUAACACAGUUGAAGGCAAGAGACAACAUCGAGAUGAUCCUUCUGUGGAUUAUACUCCAUUUAUUUCAUCAAGGCUAUGGGAUGAUCUCGGUGACCACAGCCCAAAUUGGUGAAUCUGUGACCUUUUCCUGUAAUUUUUCUGACUCCGAGUACAGCAAUACACGAGUGAAGUGGUACAAGCAGCCUAGUGGUCACGGUCUAAUUUUAAUCACAACCCUGAUGAAAACAACUACAGUGUCUACAUUUGAAAAGCCGUUCUCCCCUUCGCGUUUUCAAGCCAACUAUACCUCGACCAGGAGCUCUCUGACCAUUUUGAAGACCGCAGAAGACGACGAAGCGGUCUAUUACUGUUCAGUCAUAACCUGGAGUAAAGAUGAGUGGAGUGGGACCUAUUUGUCUAUAAAAGAAAACACCAGGAGGACCUCAGGUUAUACUGUUACCCAGCGUCCACUUAAAUCUGGCCAACUUCAUCCAAGAGGUUCGGUGUCUCUUCAGUGUUCAGUCCUGUCUGAGACGAAGACGUGUCCAGGAGAUCAAAGUAUUCACUGGUUCAGAGCCAAGUCAGACAGUUCACCCCCGAACAUCAUUUACUCCAGUGGAAAUGUCCCUCAUGGAUGUGAUAAGAGACCUGAUGAAGGUUCCCCUCCACGGAACUGUCAUUAUCAUUUCAAUGCAUAUGACGCUGGGACUUAUUACUGUGCUCUGGCUACAUGUGGGGAGAUCAUCUUUGGAAAUGGAACAAAACUGGACAUAGAAGAAACCACGAUUUCAUUCUGCAAUGAUACACUGAUGUUCAACCCAGUUUGUCUGUUGAGUGUCAUCAUCCUGGCUAUAAGUCUGACUGUUAUCGCCUUCCUCAUUUAUGCCAUCAAAGACCAAACUUCUUCCCAGCAGAAAAAUACUGCAAUAAGGAAUAUAAAGAGAGAUGACACAUGGGUUUAUUCUGCUGUCGUCUUCACCACGAUAACAGACCGAGACGUAAUGAAGAACGGAAAAGCAGCAGAGAGGCAGAGGAUCUACGCUGCUGUCAAGGCUUUUGGAUUAGAUUAGAAAAUCAUUGUGAGCUUCAUGACAUGAGUUAGUACUGACAGUUCACCCACUGACAAACUGAAACCACAAACCAACUCUUCCUUACAUUAGCCUACAUCUUAGAAACAUGAUUCCAACUUUAACUCAUAAAGAAGAAGAAAGUGUGGCAGGUCCCAAAUGAAUUUUUCUUUCUUUUUAACCUUUCUUAAGUGAUUUAUCACCACUUAUUAUAACAUUAUUCUCUGUAUUUUG